AUGACAGACCAAAACACAAAAAUCUACAAACACGCCGACUCAGACGGUCACUUCCGUCGCAAAGAUUCAUCUUUCCGCUCUUGGAUCUCGCGCGAUCCAUCGACCGAAUUCCCCGCCGAAAAGGACCGCUACGUACUAUAUAUCAAUUACGGCUGCCCAUGGGCACACCGCGCCAACCUCGUGCGUACCCUAAAAGGCCUGCAGGAUGUGAUUCAAAUUGCCGUACUAGAUCCGGAACUUGGUCCGGAAGGAUGGUUCUUUUCUGGUCGUAAUGGAUCCGAUAAAAGGGACCCGGUGUACGGAUUCAAGCUCCUCAAGGAAUUGUAUCUGAAGGCGGAUCCCCAUUAUGAGGGCCGGUAUACGGUGCCCACACUGUGGGAUAAGAAGAAGGAGACCAUCGUCAACAACGAGAGCAGCGAGGUCAUCCGCAUGCUGUACUCUGAAUUCGACGAGCUCUUGCCGGAGGCUUUCCGCGAAGUCAAUCGUCCCGGGGGUGGAUUGUAUCCCGAGCAUUUGCGCGGCGAAAUUGAUGAAAUGAAUGCGUGGGUUUACCCAUUGAUUAACAAUGGUGUCUACAAAACAGGCUUCGCGACGACGCAGGCGGCAUAUGAGGAAAAUAUCUAUCCACUGUUCGAAGCUCUGGAUUGUGUUGAGGCACAUUUGGGUCAGCCCGGACACCAGCCGUUUCUCUUUGGAGAGUAUAUCAGCGAAGCUGAUAUACGUCUGUACACCACGAUUGCCCGCUUCGAUGUGGCGUACUACUUGAUCUUCAAGUGCAAUUUGAAGAUGAUCAGGCAUGAUUAUCCUCGUAUUGAUCGCUGGUAUCGUCGGCUGUACUAUGAUGAGUCGGAAUUGACUCGAGGGGCGUUUAAGAAGACGACAUAUUUUGAUGUUUACAAAAUUGGAUAUGUUGCUGCGCUUGGUAGGAAGGCUGGUAAUGAUCAAUUGGUGGUUCCAGCUGGGCCUAUUCCCGAUAUCCUGCCUCCAGAAAAAGAGUAG